AUGGAGAAAUUUCUCACAAAAACGACCAAGACUAAAGUUAGUCAAAUUAUUGAAAUUAGUUUAGUCAAACCAAAUAUUGUGAAGACUAAUAAAAAUUCAGAUGAUGAAGAUGAUCCGUCACCAGUGGCAAAGAAGAAAUCUAAAAUGAUGUGUGACAUUAUUAACUGCAUUACUAAAAGUUCAGUACCUUGGCCAUCAGAUUGGUCUUAUGAUCAAUGGGUUGAAAAAAAGAAUAAAUAUCCUUGGCUUAUAUGCAGUGAUGGAAAAAUUGGUUGUGAAUAUUGUAAGUCAAUUGAUGGUGGUUCAAAUACAGUUAAAUCAACCAGAUUGACUAAUUUACGGCACAAAAUUUUAAAACAUAAAAAGUCUAAAGCACAUAUAGAAACUGAAAAAAUUUCGCAACAAAAAUCUUCUAACUUAUUAAGUAAAGCUUUUCAAAUUGGCCAAUCUAAUUUCUAUGAAACAACACAAAAAAUUUUUCGUACAGCUUACUAUAUUGCCAAGUAUAAUAGACCUUAUGAUGACCACUCAAAGUUAAUUGAAUUACAGCAUCUCAAUGGACUUAACCUUGGUACUACAUUGCAUUCUAGGUACUCUAGUACAAAGAUUAUUUCACAUAUUGCAGAUAAAAUGAAAACUAAAAUAGUUCAAAAUAUUAUGGCAACUGCAUCUAAAAUUUCUAUUCUUAUAGAUGAAUCCACUACUGUAAGUUCUUUAUCAGGUAUGGUGGUUUAUGUUAAAGCAUCAAUAUUAAACUCGGAACCUAUUUUUAUAUUUUUGGAUUUGGUAGAAUUAAAAAGUCAAACCGCUUCUAGUAUUGUUAGUCAAUUAAUAGAAUGUCUUUAUGCUUCUGGAUUCACAGAAAAUUUUUUGGUAGAACAUUGGGUAUCAUUUGUAACAGACGGAGCUAGUGUUCUCCUUGGAAAAAGAAAUGGAGUGGCUGUGCGCUUGAAAGAAAAGUAUCCCUUAAUUUUUAGUUGGCAUUGUCUUAAUCAUCGAUUAGAGUUAGCAGUUGGUGAUACAUUAAAGGACAUAACUGCUACCAAUCAUUUUAAGCAUUUUUUAGAUUCUUUAUAUUCCUUAUACAGCAGAUCUCCAAAAAACCAAAUUGAAUUAAAAGAACACUGUACAAGUUUAAAUGAAAUUUUUUUAAAAAUUGGAAAAGUUCUUGACGUUCGCUGGGUAGCAAGUAGUUUUAGAACAAUUAGUAUAAUUUGGAAAAUAUAUCCAGCAUUAUAUAAUCAUCUUAUUCAAGCUUCUCAAGAUAAAUUUCGUGAUGGUAAAAUUAAGUCUAAAUACAAUGGGCUUAGUAAGCGUUUGGGAAGUAUACAAUUCUUGUUAGAUUUAGCCUUAAUGUGUGAUGUUUUAUUUGAGAUAUCACAACUAUCACUUGACUUACAAAAAACAAGAUCUGUCUCUAUUGCAGGCUGA